CGCGCCUUUCUAACUUUUUCUUUUCUUUUCUUUUUUUUUUUUUUUUUUGGACCAGCCUACUAGUAGGACCCCAAGCCGCCGUUUUGUCACGUCUGGUGGCCACUUGCAUCACCCUCUCUCUCUCUCUACCUCCUGUUUUUUUCUCCCUCUCCCACUCUUGUUUCUUUACACACACUCACAUACACACACACACACGCGCACACACACACACACACGCACACACACACAUAUACACAUACACAUACACACCUGGGACUCGACACACAACCUUGUGUUUCCUUUUCGCCCCAAAAUCCGUGGGAAACCUCCACCUGCUGCUGACCUUCAGCCUGCACACCUGCCUGUCUGACAACCAGCCAGCCAGCCAGCCACAAAACCAGCCAUCCAGCCGAGUAGACUGACAGACAGGCCGCACAGCCAAGUGGCACAGAAGCGAAGUUGACUGGCUUGACAACCAGGCAGCAACAAGUGAGACAGCCAGCCAACCAGUCAGUCAGAUUGAGAGACCCACAGAAGUGCAACCAUGUUGAUUAUCUUAGCCUUCAUCAUCCUCUUCCACGUGGCUUCAGCCAUCCUCCUCUUCGUUGCCACCAUACACAAUGCAUGGUGGGUGGUGACACCACCAGGAGCCGCUGUGAUCUACUCUGACCUGUGGUACUCCUGUAAUGCCACCUGCUUCCCUGUGGAGAGGAGCCAUACUGCCGAUGCAGCCUAUCUGCAAGCGGUCCAGGCUACUAUGAUCCUGGCCAGCAUCUUGUGCUGCGUCGGCUUCUUCGUCUUCAUCCUUCAGCUCUUCAGGCUGAAACAGGGAGAGCGAUUCGUUUUCACUGCCAUCAUCCAGCUACUGGCUUCUCUGUGUGUGAUGAUCGCAGCAUCCAUCUACACAGCCCAGAGGGACACCUUCCAUGUGGACAGUAUUAAGAGUGGCUCCUAUGGCGCGUCCUACAUCCUGGCCUGGGUCAGCUUCCCCAUGACUCUCAUCAGCGGCCUCAUGUACCUGGUGCUCCGGAAGCGCAAAUAGAUGUGAUGGGCUUAAAUGUAAAAGCAUUAGAUAUUCCCAUAGCUAACCAAGCACAACCGGACUCUCAAGCACGCUUACAUGCACACACAUAAACACAGGCAAACACACACACACAGGCACACACACACACACACUUGCACACACAAUGCUACCCUCUAGUGCACCAAAAUUAACCACACUUGCAUAUACCUAGGCCGAAUCAACCAGCCAAUCAAAUCCCACCCAAGUUUCCAGGAACAAAUAUUGGCAUUUUAAAUUCCAGCAAACCAAAGGAUGUAGAAAUGUCACAUUUUCAAGUUUAGUAACAUGGAGUCAAGCGAGUGAAAAAAUCUGCAUUAUGAGGUAGGCGGGGGGAUGUCUAAUUGUUGAUAUGCAACAUAUUUUUGGUUCAGAAAUGCUGACAUUUCAAUGUAUUUGUUGGUUUGCAGAAACGUAAAAUGGCAACAUUUUAUUGUGGUGACCGGGAUGCAAAUCCAGUGUUUUUUGAAGGUUGUUUGAGAUUUUUCCAAAAGAACUGAAGGAUGGAUGGAUGCUCACACCGAGCAUGAGAUAAAAAAAAAAAUAAAAUAAAAAAAAUCUAAAUCUGCUAGUCUGAAAUCUCAGGUUUAAAACCAGACAACACACCGCAAAAGCCUUCAGCAACACGCCUCUGCCCUCCUUGCACACUCGAACCCGUGUUCACUGCAGUCCCAAACUGCCACACCCUCCUCACCCCUCACUCCCCUCCCUUUCCCCCUCUUAGCCACUAUACGGGACGCGAGCUCUGUCCCAACAAGCCGAUUUGUCUCCUUUCUUUGUCUCCUUGCCUCCUGCCUCCUUCCAGCUCCACUCAUAGGGACCUAAAUGAUUGAUCACCAAGGGCAGAGGCAAAGACGAUAAAGGGGAGAUUUGUCAUUUUGGGAUGCAGCCCCUGGACCUUCCAACGGGUCCAUACUUUUUUGUGAAGCUAUUGUCAUAGGAAUUUCUUUUGUACAUAUUCGCUUUGUAUGUAUAGUUCAGGUUAAUGCCGAGAAAACAUAUUUCUAAGACUGAAAUACUGAAGUAGUAAAAAAACAAAACAAAACAAAACAAAACAAAAAAAAACUAUACAUAUGUACAAUCUUAUGUUAACCGUAGCAUAGAGGAAGUGUAGUGAAGCAGUAAUUAAGAUAUGAUAUGUAGGACUUUAACCCUUUGUAUGUUUGUGUUUUUAUCAUGUUACUGACUCUUGUGUUUUCACGGUGAAAAAGGAACCAACGCUGUGCUGUGAUGUUUGGGAUUUGAAAAGAAGACGUAGAACAGUGUAAACUUGAAAUCAGAAUUUGUUAUUUUUAUGAUGAUACUGUGUUCAAGGCUUCGCAGAAAUCGAUGAAAGCUAUUUAUUGUUUGAAACCACUGUAGCAAAGUGUGUUUUGGAAGCCGUGUGACUUUAAGGCUUGGUGGAUGACGUUUUAUCGUGCCUUUUCCCUUUGUGGCCGCGCUACUGUUUCUUUGGUCCGUUACCGAAACAAUUCCUGAAGCCUUCUGUGCAUGCUUUCCUGAGAUUCAGAGCAAGAUUUCGUUCCUGCAACUUUUUCUGCAGAUACUUUCAAACACAGCCUUCUGCCUCAAUUCGCAAAAUCAGUUUGGGCUUCAUAUCCACCUUAGCAAAGGGAAACUAUUGUUUGGUGAGGGUUUUGAGGGUAAAACAGUCAAGGCAGACCAGCUUGUAACUCGGUAGCUGCUAGUAUUAUCUCAAGGAAGUCAAGUGUUCAGUUCAGCGAUGUGCUUUAUACUGGGUUGUGAAGUGAUAGGACUGUAGAACUCAUGUUGGGCAUUGGCAAAAGGACCAUCAACCCUAGAAAUGUAUUGAUUCAUCAAUAAUUAGUAAUAAUGGGAAUGAUUUGUCUUAUGGAAAAUAAAAAGGAAAUGAAGAUUCCUCUCUACUUCUAGAGGUGAUACUUGAAAAUGAUCAAAACAGCAUUUAGAAAGCCAAGGGUGUAACUUUUGUUAGUCUUCUUAAGACCGUUUCGGCGAUGAAUAAUCCACCUGUUCAUGAUUUUGUCUUGUCAGCUGAUCCCUGUAGCUUAUACUGAGAUCCCAAAAUAAAUAGUUGCAGCAGUAGGCUGGUCACGGGGCUCUCUCUCUGAUAUUUUGUUUGUUCUACAUUGUGUACAGUUUUGAUUUGUUGGUCGAGUUGUCGUGAUGAUUUGCAAUCAGACCAAAAUGACAUUUGUAAUGCUUCACGUCAUGUCUGCACAAUUCUUCUGCAGAGAUUAAACAGAAACCACAGCAAUCUUUUUUUUUUUUUUUUUU